AUGCGGGAGCAGGCGAGGGAGAAGCACGCCCACUUCCUCACGAACAAGAUGCAUUCCAUCAUGAACGCACCUGUUUCCCUCCCACCCGGGCAGUGGGUCUAUGUGCAGCAGCACCACCUCUCGGCAGGGUCAAAGAAUUUCUGCGCCGGGCUGGCCCCCAAGUGGUCACCGCCAUGGCAGAUCCUGUGGAAAACGGGGCCAUCCACUUAUGACGGACGAGGGGGCCCCGACACCGAGUGGCAACAUAACACCCGGGCAGGGCCCACCCCCCCCCCCGACACGCCCACCAGCGAAGCAAGGGGAGGGCACCCGGACGACUCCACCCCUCCCUGCCCUGCGAUUGCCACCGCCCUCCUGGCCAGUCCGGACGCCAUCCCAGCUGACACUCCACCAGAUGAGGGAGGGGAAGCGACACUUUCCCACCGCGAUCCCAUUACCACCCCUCCUGAUGCCGACGAGGCUCAGCCCAUCAUCGGCUACCCGUACGAUGAGGCACCAGAACCGGAGUCCGACAAGCACGACGAGCCCUGGUGGCCACUAGACCUGAACCUACGUACAUCCACAUUCCGGGUAGUCAUAGAGGAGCCAGAGGCAGGAAUGGGGGAGAGAGAAGUAGUCGCUAGGAGGAACCCCCGUCGGAAGCGGCGGCUGGUACAGCGCACGUGCUGCACUGGAGAACCAUCAGCAGCGCAAGGAGGGGAAGAGACAGUCGACCCUCAGGCAAUGACAUCCGGGGACAGCGAGGACGCCAGGGAACAGGACAGACAUGCUGGCGAAGUGGCGACCCGACUACGUAGGGACCGCCGAGCCCCCACACACCUGAGUGACUACGUCACCGCGACCAACCAGGCCACUAGGGAGACGAGCAGUGACAGGGAGGCCAGGGCCCCGGAUAGUAGCCGCCCUCUCGAAGCGGAGCCCCAGAGAACCCGCGACCGACGUGGUCGUGCACGCCAGGCCCCACCCCACCUCAGGGACUACUUCUUGGGGGCGAUCACAUCACCUGCCAGUAACAUACGGGCCGGGUUAUCCGCCGUACACACGUGA